AUGGCCUUCUUUUUCUUCAAGGAUGACAAGCUACAAAAUGUUUUGGGCCAUUUCCAGAAGGACUUUGAGGGUGGAGUUUCUGCUGAGAAUUUGGGGAAAAUGUUUGGUGGGUAUGGCUCAUUUUUGCUUGGUGAUGAAUCCUCUAUUUGGUUACACCCAAAAACUUCACAAAACAUCUCAAACUCGCCAAGAUCUCCUAACCAUUUGCAACUCAAGGGUAGCUCGUGGAUGUCCAAACCAGCCCCAAGUGUACCUCAGACAAGACAUAGAGGUGCUUCCUGUGGGCCCAAUGCAUUGAAUACUCCAGCUAUGACAUCUGACAAUGUUUCUGUUAAACGAGAUCCUUGUUUAUCCUCCAAUCAAGUUGGUCACAAGUUCAACUUGAGGGAUGAAAAUCCAAGUCAAUCAAGCAACAUACCUGACCAAAGGUCGCUCAAGUUCCGCAUAAAAGUUGGGUCUGAUAGUAUGGCUCAUAAAAAUGAAGCUAUAUAUAGUGGUCUUGGGCUGGGAGAUUCCCCACCUUUGUCAUCCGGGAAUUGUCUCAAUGAAGGUAGUGAUAUGCUGCUAGAAUCAUUUGAAGCAGAUGGUUCUCCUACCAGCAUUGUGCAGGCAAUGACUUCUUUCCCUGUUCCUGGGAGUAGCCUGAUAUCACCUCUACAUGAUAGUCUACUUUGUAUCUGUAAAAGGGAAGGGCUCUCCAGGAGCGCCCAACCUAUUAUUGUCCUUAAGAGUAACAAAAAGUGUCCAGGGCCAUCCGUGGAUCAGUCCAUUUCUGGUUGGAAUUUGGUGGGUCGUGAGAUGGAGAAAACUAAUGUCUCCGGGAAAAUCGAACCAGCAGUGGAGAUGAAAAGUGGCAACGCUAUGAAGAACCUAGAGGAUCAUAGUGAAGCUAAGGAUACGAAAUAUAACCGAUCAAGAGCCGUGGCUCUCUCGGAUACACUUUGUGCUCGCGACCCAGUCAUGGGCCCUGGCCUCGCCUCUCUAUUAUCCGAGGAGACUAAUGAAGAUGAGCUCAGGAAUAAGUUGUUGCCUUCUGAUAUAUUGAAGGAAGAAUCUCUGGAGUCAAUAUUAGCCCCAAUUAGUUGCAAGGUUCAGAAGGGAGAUGCUGACGCUUUUUCAAGCAAGAAAUCUUUGAAACGCGCUGUUAAUAAUAAGGAUAGUUUGACAAAGCAAAGGAAGCUUGUUAGUAUCAAAUAUGUCAAAUCCACUGUGCCUUUUAAACCUUGUGUUGAUGAUUUGGAGGCAGGGGCUCUGUUGAAACUGAGCCAGGAAGCUACAAGUCAGGUUGAAAAGGGGACUUCCAGGAAAGAGGGAAUUGAAGCUGUCAAGCUAGGUGGGAAGAAAAAGAAACUGGUUGAAGGCAAGAAGCAGUUGCAUCAAACUGAAAGCCAUAGAAAUCCAUCUGCUGUUAUAAAGAAGGAAAGGUUUGAUGCAGUUAGUGUCACAGCACCUAAUCCUACUGUAAACAUCGACCUUGAUGUGCGUGGAAGAAGCAAUACGGUUCACAAGUUUUCGCCAAAGAAGAAUAUCGAUAAAACUAGAAAAAAUCAGAGAGCUGCUGUGCACAAUAGAGCGGGGCCAAUGGAUCAUAGCUCUAGUCUGCCCUCUCUUUUUAGACUGAAUAAUUCUAGCAUCAAUACUGUAGAGGCGGAGCAAAGUGCUAAAUUGAAGGAAAGUUCCAGUGUUAAAAGAGUUGAUAAGCUUCGGAUGUCUGGGCUGUCUGUCAAUGGGGUGUCACAUGUAGGUCCUCAAGAUAAUGUGGUCACUGAAGUGUUUCCUCCUGCAUCUGGAGCUACUCCUGUGAUAGUCAAGGAAGAUUGGGUUGCCUGUGACGAAUGUGAAACCUGGCGUUUGCUACCAUUCGGCAGAAAGCCAGAGGAUCUUCCAGACAAGUGGACGUGUAGUAUGCUGGACUGGCUGCCUGGAAUGAACAGCUGCGAUAUCAGUGCGGAAAUGACUAACACAUUUAAUCAGAUUGAUCCACAAAAUCCCGGUUAUGGGGUUGCAUCAGGAUCAAAUACUGCAAAUCAAGGUAAUAGCCAGAAUCACUUGACUCUUGACUCGCUUGCCAUGUCUUCAGAGGGAAAAGAAAAGCAGGUUGUCAAGGAAACAGCAAAAGCACGCAGCAACCAUGGCUUCAUCGAGAAAUCAACUUCUGCUAAGAGCCGCUUGCUGGACUCUGUGAACAGCAGAAGCUUGAAUGAUAUGUGCCAGCCAGUUGCUGAACUCAGUUUGGCGAACAGAUACAGUUCACAUCACAUGAGUGAGUCAGGGAACUUGGUUGUGGGCACUUCCACAGCUAACUUGAAAUGUAGUGAAGCUGCAGAAUCAAAAUUGAUUAACAAGAGUGAGAGUGAUCAUACUCCAGGCAGGAAAUGUAAGAAAUUAAGGAUUGAUGACAUUGCUGCAGAGCGGAGAUGUAAGAAGUCAAGGACUGAGGACAUUGCUGCACACCGUGGCCUAUCUGUUGACCUGGGGAGGGCAAGUCUCGGUACCAAAGCUGUUCCAAAUAUUAAGGAUGGUGCAAAGCAGAUCAAGUUAUCAAAAGAGUGUGCCUAUGCGAGGGAUGUGAAGAGUGACUCUCAGGAAAGAUUGUCGGGCUCUGUGAAGGUGGGACACCAAGCUCAAAUAUCUCCAGAUGGUGGAUCAUUGAAUGCUAGGAUACCUGACAGAGCUGAAAAUCGGUUGAAAAAAAGAAAAUUGAAGGAGUGGCAAGAGACUCGGCUCAGGGCUGUAACAAAUUCCGGUGCAGAAGAAAGUUCUGGUAGUAAAUUGAACAAGGAAAAGAAACUAAGGAAGCGUGUAGCUAGAGAGCCUGGUACUAAGACUGUUCAGGAUAAACUCAGCAAAGAGGGAGGGGUCCCAAUAGUUUACCAAGGCGUUGAUGAUGACCCUGUGCAUGUUUUUGAAGAAGUCAAAGAUAUUGACAAGGGUGCUCUGCUGCUUAAGAAACAAAGACGGAAGGUUGAUUCAUCAAGAAACAAUGUGGUAAGUGCACAAGUGGCUAUGACCACCAAUUCAAGCUCUUCAAAGGUCUUGGAUUCAUGUAAAACUAUAGCAACCUCUGAUGACUUCAAAGGAUCACCAGUAGAAUCAGUUUCUUCAUCUCCCUAUAAGGCCAUGUUGCAGGAGAAGCUUGGAAUGGCCAGAGGGGGCAAUCUUGGGAAAGACAAUGCUGUAAAUGGCAGAACUUUCUUUGCUGAAGUGAAUAGAUGCGGGGAUCUUUGUGGUGAUGGUGAAUUGAGUGAAGCUGGAGUCACUUCGAUGGAGAAAGCAUCUGGUAGUUUUCAUUCUCAACCCCUCAAAUAUUUUCCAUCAGAUCACAGAGAUGGACAUGCUAAUCACAGAGUCGGUGGGAAAACAAAAUCUUCCACUGUGCCUGUUGGUAAUAGCGUAAGUAUGGAGCAACAACACUGUUGUUCUAGCGAAUUGCUCGAUGCCAAGAACAUCCAUGAUGUAAAUAGAGAGAAGCAAAACAAUCGCGGAUACACAUUGUUGCGGAUCAAAACGGGCAACGGCUCAUCUUCAUUGGUGAAGGUUCGUACUAAUGCUUCCACUUCUGGGUUUGUUAAAGAUAAAGUGAAGGCUUCAGAUGUGCCGAGUGAGCAGUGGCCCAAAUCUUCGAGCCUCGCUCGUAAAAGGAAGCAAGAUAGUCCUGAUAAUUCUGGCGACGAACCUAGUAAAAGUGAGGAUAAUGCAAAAAGGAGUAGUUCUGUCGGACGAUGCUCUAGAGACAGCAGGUUGAGACUGCAGUUGAAUACUGGAGAGUGUAAUGAUUCAGAUGCAAAAUUGGAUACACCACUUGGCAAGAAUGGAAAUGUUAGCCCCUUGAUUAAUUCUGAUGAUGACAAUAAGCGAGGUUCAACACGAGAAGACUCCAGAAACCGGAUCCUAAAAGUACUCCCGUUUGCUGAAGGUAAAGGUAAACCUCGGAGUCAGGGUCAUGAAUCUGUACUGGGCUCUCAACAGACAGGUGAACUUCAUGUUCUGUCUAGUCAAGCCUCAGAGAAAGGUGAUAUGUCAAAGGCUUUGCAACAACACCCUGGAAAUCCUGGCAACAAAGGCGAGGCUUGUCAAAGUUUGAAACAGCUUCCAUCUGCUUUCAGAGAGGCCAGAGGUCAUAGUGCUAAGAGUCCCUUGAAAACAAAAUCUUCUAGCCAGACUGCUAGUGAUGCUUUGGAAAAAGCCCAAAAGCAGAGAGAUUGUGCUGAUAGAAUGAAGAGCUCUGGUUUUGAUUUGGAAAGUAGGGAAGCAUAUUUCCAAGCUGCUCUAGCAUUCCUUCACGGAGCUUUUCUUCUGGAAGCUUCCUGCUCUGAGGGCGGUCAACAUGGAGAGAUGACUGCAAUGCAAGUCUACUCUUCUACGGCUAAGCUUUUUGAAUCGUGUGCCUUUGAAUAUGAAAAACAGAAUGAAAUGGCUGCUGCUGCUCUGGCGUAUAAAGGCAUGGAAGUAGCAUAUUUCCGGGCGGUUUCAUGCAAAAGUUCUAGCUUGACUAAAGAUCGGAACGAGUUGCAUGGGUUCCUGCAAACAACUAUCCAAGGUGAUUCACCAUCUUCCUCUGCAUCGGAUGUCGAUAACUUAAGCACUCAUGUCACAGUUGAUAAGGCUCCUUUAUCCAAGGGAACACUCCCUCAUGUUGUUGGAAACCCCACUGUUGUGCCCAGAAACCAUGCCAGUCUCGCUAGAUUGAUCAACUUUACACAGGACAUGGGUUCUGCCAUGGAAGCAGCAAGAAAAUACCAGAAUGCUUUCAUAGCUUUUAGUUCAGCGUCGGAAGUGUCACCAAAGACCGAGUUGAUUUCUUCUGUCAAGGGAGUUUUGGAUUUUAGCUUCCAAGAUGUGGAACGCCUCAUAGAGCUACUGCGGCUUGCAAUGGAGGCUAUAAAUCGUUCGGGUUUGGAUAAUACCAAAAAGAUUAAAUAAAAUCAAACCCUGUAUAUAUAUUGCUGUUUUUGUUGGUUUACUUCCCACAGGAGGGCUCUACUCAAAGAGGAAGGGAAGAAAAGUGUCGCUUAGAGAAUUCUACCCGAAUGUGCAAAGAUACUGGUCAAAACAGUCCACAUCUUUGUGUACAUGUGUACAAUCUCGGGAGUCGUUAAAAAGAGAUGUUCAGAAGAUUUUGUAACUCAAUUCUUUUUGGGGUCAGUGAAAGGAAAGGUUACCGAGGAGGUUGAAAGAGUAAUGCAUAGUGACUGGAAAUCAGUAGGCAAACCAUUUUUGAGGAGGUGGCUGAAAGUUCUGAACUAUUGGUAUAUGAACAACAGGCCACCGGUUUGCCGCCAUUUUUGACAUGAAUGAAAUAGAAAUGGAAAUUCUUUUGGAGAAGGCUAUUGCCUGUAUCGAUUUGCUUUAGCUAACUGGUGCAGCGCCGUUUUGGUUCCUACAGAGGCUACAGGUAUGUAAUCUCAUCACAUUUUAGUUUUAGCAUCACAUGGGUGUCUCAAUUUUACUCCAUUUUUGUACGAGGUUGCAAUUUUCCACUAACAAUUUGGUUCUGUUUCCUUCUUUGGAACAAAGAUUGCGAUCUUGCUACUGUUUGUUCGUUAAGUACAAGAACGAAAACUCGGGGGUGGUGGGGUUGCAUUUUGAUUGACAGGGUUGAUUCGAUAGCUGCAAGUGAGUUAGCAGGCCUGGUGAAGGCCAUUCAUCUUUUACUUUCGUCUUACCCACUUAUUUUCUAUGUAUGCAAACGCCACUAAGGUCUGAACUUGCUUCUAGUUUAGCCAUGAUGAAAUUCUUUGCUCUUGGUAGUAUAGAAAAUGGCAGCAGUUUGCGCCGUAGUUUCUUGCCUCAGUUGUACGCAACAGGUGGGAGACUAAGCGCAGAAAUCCUUCGCUUGCUGCAAUGUAAAGAUCUUGCAUCAUAUCAGGUCUUGAAUAGGUUAUAUUUUGUGAAGCGGCUUCAGUUUGGCUUUUGCUACAGACUCGAUUACCUUAGUGGAUCUAAUCCGCAUGUACAAAAGCGACUCAUUCUUGUAGCAGCGUCUCAUUUGGAAGUAAUGAUAAUUGGUAUUCAGUACGAGUCUCUGCAAAUGCCUAUGCAAUUUACUAUUGUAUCUGGAACUUUUUGUUACUAUUCAAAAGAGGCACCAGUCACAACAAGGUCGAGAGGGUUACGCUGUUAUAUUAUCCUAUCCAUGAGGCUACGAUGGAGAUUCGAUGUUGGGGUCACAGUCUCGUACAUUUUCUUAAAAGGAUAAGCAGAACUGUGCUUAGGAGUUAGGACAUCUGUUUGCAGCCCUAAUGCCUUGAAAUGUAUCAAAUACGGGAACCCUUGCUGUCCUGGGUGAAUAGCCUAUAUAGUAUAUAACACACCAUCAUCUCUAUUAGAGAUGCGAACCGUCAAAUCGUUCUGGGUUUCGAUUCGAGGCCCUAUCUAUCAGUGUUUAUCUUUGUCCAACCAUAGUGUCUGAAACUACUCUGCCAACAACAAUGAAACUAUCGUACACCAGUCGAUUCUGCUGCGUCAGCCAUUCACGGCGAUCACUCUUUCAUCUGGCAAAAGCUACAGGGCGGAGAUGGUGGUGGGGAAGGCGGCUAAAUCAAACUGUGAUUGAGACCAACAACUUCUCCCUGAGAUCAUCAGUUUCUAGUAUCCACCUGCCUGAAGACACACUCGAGCCCAUCCAAGGCAACAAGCUCAGAGAUCAUGCCUGUCCGACUCUCCAAGUUGCAGAAUGUUGUAAAGUUCUGUUCUGGUUGUCCCAGCAAGACCUGCGAAGCUGGCUCACAAAGCAUUUUUACUCAAUGGAAACCGGCGACAGACCUCUUUCUUGCCUUCUAUCUUGUUGAUUCCACUCCUAGGAAUGAAUUACUUCUCAUGUGUAGGAAAAGAAACCAGCGAGAGAAAUGUAAGCAAAUUCCAUCGUUUUACCAAAAAUCCCCACAACUGCAAGAUCCAUCCCUAAAAUGGUGAAACCUGUUGACAUCUCGCACAAUGAAAUCUCUCUCUACAAUUCCACUGAUCGCCUUGAACGCUUCAUGACAAUCCUUGCACAUCCUCAAGUUCUUCAUAACCCUAAUAGUGAUCCCUUUAGGUAUCACAAUCAGAGCAAAGGCCAGAGCCAGCCUCUCACUAUGGAGGCUCACAAUCUCUUCCUUGGCCUCCUGUUCCACCUCAAAGAAGACCAAACCGAGACUCCCUCCCGCGUACCCUCUCUCCUUCAUCCUGCCUUCCAACUCCCUCAGCAGUCUCAAUACAUCCUCCCCUCUCUCGAACGAAAGAUUACCUGCGUGAAACACGAAUGUGGAAUCACGAAUCUCGACCCAGCUGCACCCAGGAUCCUUCACUACGCCAGCUUGCUUCAUCUGGGACCUCAAACCAUGAGCGAUCUCCCAUUCUCCUGUCGAUGCAUAUGCAUUUGACAACGUCACGUAUGCGCCUGCCACCUGUUGGUUGGACUCGAUCAAUCGCCUGCUAGCUUCCUGAGCAAUGUCCACCCGGCCAUGGAGCCUGCUGGCUGAUAGCAGGGUGCCCCAAAGGAGAGCCCCCUCCGCGGGGGUUUCCACGUGGAUCGACUUGGCUAGCUUGUGAGCCUCAUCGAGACGACCCACUCGACAGUACAUGUCCACUACACAGGUAUAAUGCUUUGCCUCGGGUUCUACUCCAUGCUUCUCGAGCAUGGAGUUCAGAAACCCUAGGCCUUCGUCCACAAGACCAGAAUGGCUGCAUCCGUGCAAAACUCCAACAAAUGUGACAUCAUUUGGCUUGACCCCUCUCUCGACCAUCUCUUCGAAGAGUUCGAUUGAUAACUUCCCAAGUCCAUACUUGGAAGCACCAACUAUGAUCGAAGUGUACUCCACCACAGAAGGGUUAGGGAUUCUCUUGAAAAUCUUCCAUGAGUAAUCAAAGCAUCCACUUUUGCCAUACAUAUCGACAAGUGUACUCGUGACAACAUCGUUUACCUCAUGCCCACCUCGAAUCACUGCUCCAUGCGAUGCUCUCCCUGCAACAAGCUUCCCCAAGCUCGAGCAAGCACUGAUCACACUUGCCAACAUGAAAUCGUUUGCACGUACCCUCACCAUGGAAUUGAAAAGCCUGAAAACUUCAAGAGCUUCACUUCCUCUGCCAUUCUGUGCAUAGGCCGCUAUCAUUGAAGUCCAGGUAACAAUGUUCCCCAUGACUUCAGCAUGGGCGUGGAUCUUCUUCCCGGCUUCGAGCUCUGCCAGAAUCGAACAGGCUUUGACCACCGUGGAAACAGUGAAGUCAUUGGGCUUAACUGAUGUCUCCAACAUCUUCACGUACAUCCCCAGAGUGAGCCCGGCUUGAUCGGAGGUCACAUAACCAGCCAUCAGGGAGGUCCAAGAGACGACAUUUGGUUCAGGCAUUUCAUCGAACAGGCGGUGGGCAAGGCUGAUUUCUCGGAGCCUGACGUAGCCAUUGACGAGAUGGUUUGCCGCAAAAGUGUCGCUUUUUGAAAGCCCAGAUUUGAAGAAGCUGCAGUGAACGGAGGAUACUGAUCGGACAUCGUUGCAGUUCCGGAGCUGCUGAAUGAGAUUGAGGUGGGACGAUGGAGAUUCCUCUUGGCGGGAAAGCUGCGAGCCAAGGAAUCGGAAGUUUCGGUUAAGCGUCCACUUCAUUUG